AUGCAGUGCUCUUGCCAACGUCGCGAUAACCCUGUUGCCUCAACAUCAACAUCAAGAAAAAGCACUUCAUCACGCCCAUACCAACAAAUCGUCUUCGAUUCCAAAACAACAGGCAACACACGCUUGGAAUGGAUAUCCUCUACUACAACCACGCAUACUUCCCCAGACAAGACCAAGAGUCGUGUACGCUCGCACGUAAUGCAACGGUUCCGAGCGCAGCAGGCUCUGGGUCAACAUGCGCCACCGUCAAAUAGAGCUGGCGUGUUUGCGGAUUAUGAUCCGCGUAUUGAGUAUUAUUUUACGUGUCGGAUGUGUGGACGCCUGAAUACCGAGGGCUGUAGAGAGACGACUACUGAGAGGGACGUGGAGGGUCAUCUUCGGGAGUUCACGAUGCGAUUACCUAUCGACUACACAUCAGAAUCAGGGCAGCUCUACGAAUACCUAGCACAGGUAUACGUCUUUAUCCAAAAUCCCGUCCGCAGAACAGGCCUUGGUUUGGUGCAGUAUUGCCUUCCCUUCAUAAUCUCCAGCGCCGCUGUCUUAAGUGCACUCUUGAGCUUGGUGGCGACUCACCGAAUUCUCAUCAGCGGCGGCAGCAACAGUCGACACGACUCGGAUCUCAUGGCUGCAUACUACCAUCACAAAGUCCAGGCUAUUCAGAUCGUGAACCAGAGUCUGGCUAGAGAUUUGAAUGCCGUUGCGUAUGAUGUUCAAGUUGCGAUUGCUGUUUUGGCGAUUAUCGAGUAUACCACAGGAACCAUAGAGAAUGCACGGAACCAUAUGUCUGGCCUGCGAGAGAUAAUGGCUGCCAAUGGCGGUACGGUUGGAGCCCCGGCGGAUCAUCAUUUGUCGUUUGGCAUUGUGAAGCUAGCGAAUAAACUCGUCUCAAACGGCCAUCAAGAUUACCCAUCAAAUCACGAAAGCAGAACGCUAGACUAUAUCCUCACAAACCUACCCCGAGACAGCCAUCCCUCAAUCCGAUCAAUGUUCCAUUCCCUCAAACACCUUGCAACCACCAUGCCACAAGCUCCCAGCGGCAACAUGACCCAACAAUCCGCCUGGCUUGACCAGCUAAACAUCACAGAGCUGAAAAUGCACAGAAUCCUCGAAAAUGAUUACAGUCCUCGACACCCUUCAUCAUCAUUCGUGACAUGGCGCGCAUACCCCAUUGCAGGAAGUAUUUUUCUGUGCCUAUGGCUACGCCAACUCUCCUUACGAAGUAAUGUUUUGGAUUAUCUGGUCGUCUCUUUAAAGUAUGCACUUGAGGAGACGAUUGAGGAUCAAUAUCCGCUGCCGGUUUACCUGUGGCUUCUCUUUGUUGGUGGCGCGGCGGCUGAAGGACGACGGUAUAGGCCCUGGUUUUUAGCGACGUUAUCACGUACGUUACAGAGGUUGAAGUUGGAUUCCUGGCAGCGUGUGAAUGGGGUGUUGGUUGUGUUUCCUUAUGUGGAAGAAUGUGAUGGCUACUUUCGGAGGAUAUGGGAGGAGCUUCAAACGGAGGAGGAUUGA